CUUUGUCGUGGGUCCCGAGAACCAGCGCUCCUCGGCAACGACUCUCCCAUUCGCCCAGACGACCAUGAACGCGGUCGAAGAAGACGCGCUCCUGCGCUUCCUCAUGUCGGGGCAGGCCAUGGCCGCGCCGCCGAUGAUGGACCUGCCGGCGCCAGCGACCUUGCCUGCGACCACGGCCACCAGCAUCCAGCUCGAUCUCGGCGACCUCAUGGCUGGCCUUGGCGGCAACGACGACGCCGACGACAUGACGUCCGAGCCGAGUGAGUGCUCGACGAGCGACAAGGACUCGACGAGUGGCACGUCGCCGCAACCGCCGAACCUCAAGCGCAAGCUGCAGCUGGCCGAGGCCUCGAAGAAGCACCGGCUGCGCCAGAAAGACGAGCUCUCGUAUUUGCGCGAGAAGGUGACGAACCUCAACUCGCAGCUCUCCAUGCUCAAGAAGAUCAAGGAGCUCGAGGGCGAGCACGGCUCACAGUGGGAGCAGCUCGCCCGGUCCCAGUUCCUCGAGCGACAGAAGGCGUACCAGGAGAACGCCAAGCUCAAGUCGGCGCUCGAAGAGCAGCUCAAGUUUGCCGAGGCGCUGCAGUCGAUGAUCGCCAAGAAGCCCCGGCUCUCGUUUCCGUCGAUGCUCGACAACGAAGAGUGGAAGCUCUCCAAGCUCGGGAAGGACCGCGAUGGUCGGCGCCACGCCAUGAAGAUGAUCAUGGAGAAGCAGUACGAGCAGCUCGACGGCAUCCUCGUGCGCACGGGCCUCUUUGACCCGAAGGACGAGAUCAAGUCGUCCAAGAUCAGCUGUCGCUCGGACGAAGAGACGAUCUCGAUCGACUUCAUCCGCUUCCACACGCUGCCCUGGACGUACGACCUCGUUGCCGAAGCCACGUGGCAAGUGUGCACGACCAACAUUGCCGACGAGAUCAAGAACGUCGGCGACCUCCUCGAGGCGCUCGACGACAACACGCGCUACUGCGAGAAGAUCAUGUGCAAGCAAGGCCGCACCGAGUGCCCGUUCUUUGGCAAGUCGCGUGCCAACGUCAUUGGCCAAGUGCUCUUCAAGCGCUUCUACGAGAAGGACCGCGUCGUGAUUGUGUGGAAGGCCAUCAUGGAGGACGAGCUCUACCCGCGGGACCCGAUGACGCUGCUGGCCAACCAACAAGCGUGGAUCAUUGUGCAAAAGGGCACGACGCCGGGCACGUGUCGCGUCAAGUCGUACAUUGAGCGGCUACCGCCGUCGCGCGCGGGGAAGGAGGUCGCGCUGGACGACAUGAUGAAGUCGAUGCACAUCCCGAGCGACUAUGGCCGACGGGAAAAGCCCAUCGAGAACAUUGGCGUCUGCGAAGCCUUUGCGCCCAAGCCCGGCAUGAUGACCGAGUACUGCAUGAACUCGUUCCAGGAGAUGGCCAACAAGCAUGAAGAGGCCGUCGUUGCGCAGGCCAAGCGGCUCGCUGACCUCGAACGCGCCGAGACGACAGCGACCAGCGCGACGAUUCUCUAGGCUCCUUGACGCUUUAUAUAUCUAUCUUCGCAUGCGUGUGGCUACAAAGCGUCCACAA